AUGGGCGGACGCGCGGACGAGGACGAUUUUGGCAACGCGCCGGAGCCGGUCGCGCCCGCGGAGUACAUCCGCGCGCUCGCCGCCUACCAGGCGAGGCGCGGGGGGAAUCUCGGCGCAUCUCUCGGGGGGAACAGGCGUCACCGCCACGCCGGGGGGUUGACCAGCGCGUUUCGGGGGUUGCGAGUCCGCGGCGAAUCGCCCUCCGACGAUGAAUCCGGCUCGGAGAGCGACGGCGAGGACGACCGCGGGAUGCGGGUCAUGGGACGCGCCACGAUGAAGGCGCGGUCGAGCGCGCUCCUCGAGGUCAAAGGCGGGUAUCGGAUGGGGAGGAACGACGAAAACGCGAUGGGGCGAGCCAAGGCGAGAGGAGGCGCGACGCGACGCCGCCCGCCACCCCUCGCGUCGCGCUCGGGCAACGUCGUCGCCGCCCACUCGCCCAUCAUGUGA